AUGCCCUCGACCGGCACCGUCCUGGGCCACCCCUUUCGCGCGCUACUCUACGCGGCCAAGGGCCUGGCGCUGGGCCACCUGGUCGCCGCGUACGGGUGGAGCCCCGGGUACGGGUGGGGGCCGUCGAUGCUGCCCACCUUUCGGACGGGCGAGUGGUUCGUGACGUCGCGGGCGCACCGCCGCGGGCGCGGCGUCCGCGUCGGCGACUGCGUCGUCUACGCCAUCCCCUCGCCGCCCGCCUCCGCGCCCCCCGGCUCCCCCGGCGAGGACGGCGUCAAGCGCGUCCUCGGCCUCCCCGGCGACUACGUCCUGCUCAACGAGCCCGGCCUCAGGGCCGGUGCCGCUGCCGCCGCCGAGGUCGACGACCCCAUGAUGAUACAGGUCCCCCACGGUCACUGUUACGUCGUCGGCGACAAUCUGCCUUGGUCCAAAGACAGUCGCGACUUCGGGCCCUUGCCUAUGGCCCUUAUCAAAGGCAAGGUGGUCGCCCGGAUAUCCGUCAACGGCUGGUGGCCGCCCGCCUGGUUCUCAAGAUUCGAAACCGGCCUCGAGCCCCUUCCCGCUGCAUCGCUCCCUACGUGA